UCCUGCGAAAAGGGGUUCAGCCUUGGCGCUUGCGCAGUACGGAGGGGCUCGCCGGACUGACAGCUGGGCUUGCGGGCGGUGCGCAUUGGAAGAACCUGGGUGCUGCUGCUGCGGCUGUGGGAACUGGAAGCAGUUUACCUCGCCAGCCAGCUGCGGUGAAGGAGGAGGUGUCACUGACGUGGAAGCCGGCGCUGUGGUGAGUCAGUGUUCCCUGCGCAGGCCGACAGCGGUUACUGCCACAGCUGCUUUGGAUCGCGCCGGGGAUCUAAGUCGCUGGAACUUCCCACCAACCAGGAUUCCCCCAUGAUCAGUCCUCCCUGAUCAGAAAAUCAUCUCAGAUAACCAAGAAUAACAAGGAAAGAGGAGGGGAAAGGAAGUUUGACAAAAUCAGUCAAGGCAUCAGUCAAGUCUGAUAUCUUCCCCAUCCAAAGCUCCCCACUUCUUCAAAGAAAGGAGAUGCCUUACGGCACAAUGAAGAUGCCCCGUGGGUUCUGUGCUUUGUAGCCAGCAUAUCCCAGGGAUUCUCCUACCCUUAACUGUCUCGUUCCCCCUGACGAGUUCAACUCCUCACUGAUUAUCAUCUCAGCAUCCUGUCUGAGCCAUGGAAACCCCUGAUGUUGCUGUAGCAUCUCUGAUUGACUUUGACAGCGAGCCAUCCACCCUGGCACCCUCUGAGUCAUCCCCUUCAAAACCUAGAGAUGAAAGCAGUUCCCUGGGUGACGGGGCAUCAGAGAGUGACACUACUGAGUCUGCAGAUAGUGAGAAUGAUAUGGGAGAAUCCCCAACCCACCCGACCUGGGACCACUAUCACCGCUCCUCAUCCAAUGAAUCCUUCUCUUCCAACCAGAGUACAGAAUCAGCCAAGGAUGAGGAGGCUAUGGGGCUUCGGGAAUUUAUGCGGAACUAUGUUGAGAAGAUCUUUUCUGGAGGAGAAGACUUGGACCAAGAAGAGAAAGCCAAGUUUGGAGAGUUCUGCAGCAGUGAAAAUGGGAAAGGUCGGGAGUGGUUUGCCCGAUAUGUGAGUGCACAGCGUUGCAAUUCCAAGUGUGUCUCUGAGCCGACUUUCUACCGUCUGGUGCAGUCCUUCGCUGUGGUGCUGUUUGAGUAAGUCGGGCAGCUGCUCUAUGGUUCCAUCCUAGGGAGCUCCUCCAGGGCCCUUUGCCCCUGCUACACUCUCU